AUGACUGGCUCAUCUGACCAAAACGGCAACGGGACCGCCGCGAUCCCCACCAACGGCACCACCAACGGCACAAACGAUGCUCCGGCCUAUCUCAGCACACUACCUCCAGCCGGCGCUGACUGGAAGGUCUCUCUCAAGGACAAAGUCAUCGCAAUUUCGGGUGCAAACCAGGGCAUCGGCCUAGGCAUCGCAGAAGUCUGCCUCGCCAACGACGCCGCAUGCGUGUACAGCCUGGACAUCACCGAGCCGGGGGAGCACUUCGCCGCCCUGCUCAAGCGGUUCCCCGGCAAGCUCGCGUUCCAGCACUGCGACGUGACGGACUACGGGAGCGUCGCGGCGGCCGUCGACGCCGUGGUGGCCGUGACGGGUCGCUUCGACGGCAUGGUCGCCAACGCCGGCGCGACCAAGCACCAGCCCGCGCUCGACUUCACGCCGGAGCAGUUUGACCGGCUCUUCAAGCUCAACGUCAACGGGUCUUGGAAUUGUGCGACGGCCGCCGCGAGGGCGUUUAUCAAGCUCGGGUGCAAGGGGAGCAUCGUCUUCACUGCGAGCAUGACUUCGUACAGACCGAACCGGGCUGCUCCCUCUGCACCGUACGGUGCGACCAAGGGUGCCAUCCGCAACAUGACACAUACGCUGGCCAUGGAGUGGGCCGAGCAUGGCAUCCGGGUCAACUCAAUCUCGCCUGGCUUCGUCAAGACUGCGUUGACGUACUACGUUGAGACUUCCCCUGACUGGGACACCAAGAUGAAGUAUUACGGUGGGAUGCCGCGUCUAGCACUGCCUCAGGAGCUGGGCGGCGCGUAUGUCUACUUGUUGAGCGAGACGGCCUCGUACACAACAGGUAUCGAUAUUCCCAUAGCAGGCAUUGUUGGUGCUUGGUAG